UUUAAAAUGAUUGAAAAAUGGUACUUGUAGAAACUUCUAUAAUGAAAAUCAAAUAAAAAUUAUUAGUUUUCUUUAGACAUCAGGAAUGCUGUCACUCUCUUCUGUCAAGAUCAAUGUAAUAAUCUCAGAACUAACCCGAAAAAUGCAACUGCAUAGAUAUGAACAAAGUUUAUAAUACUAGAUAACUAGAUCACUGAAUUUUUAUUGCAUAUUGACCUGAUGUCAAUGCCAACGAAAGAUCAUCUUAUCGCAAUUCCAUAUAUAAUAUUUAUCCACUAUCUUCCGUAGAGUUCUCUGUUUUUGAAUGAUCGGUAGACGUUUCAGUUAUAACAAAGAGCGGAUUGUGAAGCCAUGAAGAUAAUUGUUGGACUGAAUCUCCUGGCCGUGGUAUCAGGAAUCCUGAGGAAUGAUGAAGGAUGCGUAUCAAUUAGUGGGAACUUCAAAGCUUGUCGUGAAUCUCAAACGAUCACUCGGGUGAUGUCCGAGGGUUUCUCCAGCUACUUGAUUUUUCCGUUGGAUAGUGACACAACUAUUGGUGCUAAUGCGUUCACCAAUGCGAAUUUGAGUGUUCUUCGUCUGAACUUUCCUUAUCCUGGCAAAGAGAAAAUUACUCCAACCCUUACGCUGACAUUUCUGCCCCAUUCCUUCAGUGGUAUGUCGGAAUUAACAAAUCUAACUGUCACACAUGCUAAUAUCAAUUUCAACUGUGAUAAUCCGUUUGCUGGACUCCUGUCACUCCAGAGUUUGGAGAUAAUGAACUCCAACUUGACGGAAGUACCAACUGAAAUGUUGAAAUCAUUGCCAAAUCUUGAAGAGCUAUCUUUGGAGCGCAAUCAGAUACGGGAGAUUCAGCCACAUGAUUUAGCACCGUUUAAACGUCUGAGGAUUUUGAAUUUGAGCUUCAAUGAAAUGAGAAAUAUUGCACCAGGAACUUUUGAUGGACUGGAUGGAUUGAGAGUACUGGAUUUGUCUUUUAAUGUAUUUACUGCUGUGCCUGGACUCUUGAAAGGAUUGACGCAGUUGGAGAUUCUUCGGAUAUCGAAAUCCUUUGAUCACCACGGAUUCCAGUCUUUUAUUUUUCAAGAUGUCCCCAAUCUCCGGAAACUGCAAAUGGGCUACAAUAAUUUAACGGCUCUGGCUCCUGGAAUUUUUGACAGCAUUAUGUCGCUGCGUAAGCUUUCCCUCUAUGGUAAUCAAAUUCGAAAUAUUCCGACAGGUAUUUUUGAACGUCUGCGAUCGCUCAAGGAAAUUUCUAUAGCUGAUAAUGAUCUCGAGACGAUAGAACCGGGCGCUUUUGGUGAUUUGAAUCUUGAUGGUUUGAUUUUGUCUCUUAAUCGUGUCAGCAAAAUUAUUCAGAGUGAUACUUUUAAGGGUCUGACUGCACGUCGUUUGAGCUUGAACAAAUGCAAAAUUUCGAGAAUAGAACCGAAAGCUUUCGGUGGCUUACGAGUCACUCAAAUGUUGGACCUGUCUGAAAAUGAUUUAACUGAUGUUGGAGUAGAGGAUUUCUCGGGAUUGACAGUUGAGGACUUGGACUUGAGUCAAAAUCCUAUUGAAACUAUCGCCCAGAAUGCAUUUAAAAAUACUGUUUUGCAACGAUUGGGGCUUUAUGGUACACCUGUUAAGAAUAGAGUAGAUAAAAAUUCUUGGGGAAUUGAUUCAUCAGUUGAGAUUAUGAAGUGAUUAAGCGAUAAACAAUUCACACGUCCAUUCUUAUUUAUAAAUCGAUUGUUUAGAUUGAAAUAUAUAAUAAAUAAUAAAUAUAAAAUAUAUAAUAAAUAAUAAUAAACUGAUUGAUUCUAUUUUAAAACAGCUUGAAUUCUCUUUCAACUAUCUUUUUUAAAUUGAUAAAAAAAAUUCUGAGAAUCACGACUCUGAAUAUUACAAAGAAAAAGGACAACCUAAAGAUGACAAAAAAUAAGAAAAUUGUUGUUGUUUGAAUAAUAUUGUUUGUUUGUUGUCUAGCUGAUUGAAAAAAUUGAAUU